GCCAAUGAUCGGAUCAUCCGAAUCACCAACGUACACUUUGAUGCGACGCCAGAAGACAUUUCGAGCUUCUUCAGCCAUUUCACAAUCAUCGACCAGAUCCGAGACAAGAAUUUGCGAACUAAGACCGAGUCCGUCGUCUAUGUACUGUUUGCUACUCAGACCCAGCGAAUCGAAGCGGAGCGACUAAGUGGUCAAUGUAUUCUUGGGCGCCGUAUCAGGAUCCAGCCCGCG